AUGCCUCUAGAAGGAGUCAAAAAUAUCAUCCUGAUCCUCUCCGGCAAAGGAGGCGUCGGUAAAUCCUCCGUCACCCUCCAACUUGCGCUCGCCCUCUCGUUACAAGGAAAAUCCGUCGGAAUUCUCGACAUCGACUUAACAGGCCCUUCCAUCCCACGCCUCGUAGGCCUCGAGGGCGCAAAGAUCACACAGUCGCCGAACGGAUGGGUACCAGUACCGGUGCAUGGAUCCAGCCUUACAAGUGAUGCCGCGACAGCGGGCGGUAGCACUGGCGAGGGCAGCACAAACGGAACUGCUACAGAAACAGGGAAACCAAGAGGAAGCCUCCGUUGCAUGUCCCUAGGUUUUCUCCUCCGCGACCGCGGCGACGCCGUAAUCUGGCGCGGGCCCAAGAAAACAGCUAUGAUCAGACAAUUCCUCACGGACGUAUACUGGGGCCAAACGGACUAUUUGCUCGUCGAUACGCCACCGGGGACAAGUGACGAGCAUAUUGCGCUUGCGGAGGAACUUCUCAAAAUAUCUACGACUGCUGUGAACCCUGAUGGCUCUACUAUUAAUGGUUUGCCUCGGCUCACGGGUGCGGUGCUGGUGACGACUCCGCAGGCGAUUGCGACAUCGGAUGUGCGCAAGGAGGUGAAUUUCUGUGUGAAGACGAAUAUACCGACGUUGGGAGUUGUUGAGAAUAUGUCGGGCUAUACGUGUCCUUGUUGCGGGGAGGUGAGUAAUUUGUUUUCGAGUGGUGGCGGGGAGGUUAUGGCGCAGGAGAUGGGAGUGAGGUUUUUGGGGAGGGUGCCAGUUGAUGUGCAGUUCGGGGAGCUGGUAGAGGGGAAGAAUCAAGAUGAAAGUGAAGAUGAGGAGGAUGGGACUGGGACUGGGGAUGUGGAUAAGAUGGAGGAGGUGGAUGAGAGGCUGUUGGUGGAGAGGUAUAGGGAGUGUUGGUCAUAUGGGCGGUUCGAAGGGUUUGCGAAGACAUUGAUAGGAGAGAUUGAGGGGUGA